AUGAACCGGGACAGAGCGGUACCGGGGCCCGGAGCGGACGGGGUCCAGACCGUGAUAAGCAGGGACAGAGCGGUACCGGGGCCCGUGGCGGACGCGGUCCAGCCCGUGAUGAGUCGGGACAGAGCGGUACCAGCGCCCGGUGGGGAUGGGGUCCAGACCGUGGUGGGCCCGGACAGCGGAGACAUGCUGGACGGAGGUGCUGCCGGGGAGAAGCGGCUCUACACCAACGCAGUGGCGGGAGGCAGAGAUGCUCAGGCCGUGGAGAACCACUCAGAACCUCCGCCUACGAACCCGGUGUUAGCCCCGCCACAGCAGGGCCCGACCGGGCACCGGACCACUUCUUUCUCCGUACUGGACAUCCUGGACCCCAACAAGUUCACGAGCAGUCGACGACUCCAGCAGCAGCAGCAGCACGCGAGCCACCGAGGUGAGCGCGAGCUGAGCGCGUACGGAGCGGAGAACCGGAGAGGAGGCACGGGGGAGCGCGAGCCCAGCCUGGAGCCAAGCAAAGGCUGCUACAGUGCGGACGAUUACCAGAGCAAGGAAGGUUUUGUAUACAGAAGCCAGGAUGAGGAAGACUACCACAGACCCGGGAGCCCAGAUUCUGAGGCUCCAGACGGGCCAUACAGCAGUGAGGAGAGCAGCUCAGCUCUGCCCAGUAAUGGAGACAGAGAUGUGGGCCAGCACAGCCACCAGGACCCCGGCAGAGACACCAAGAGCCCAGGAGGAGGCCCUGCAGGUCAGAACACCGACGUCCAGACCAACGGGGGCCAGGGCCCGCAGGGCAAACCUAAGAGGAAGCGCUCUGGUUCGGACUCCAAGUCGGGGAAGCCUCGUAGAGCCCGGACUGCCUUCACCUACGAGCAGUUGGUGGCGCUGGAGAACAAGUUCAAGUCCACGCGCUACCUGUCAGUGUGUGAACGGCUCAACCUAGCCCUGUCGCUCUCCCUCACGGAGACCCAGGUCAAGAUCUGGUUCCAGAACCGUCGGACCAAGUGGAAGAAGCAGAACCCCGGAGCAGACACCUCGGCCCCCACCGGCGCAGGAGGAGUGGGAGGAGGCCUGGGGAGCCUCAGCCCUCUCAGCCCAUCCCCUCCCAUCAGCGGGCACCUGGCCAUGCACGCUGGCUACGGCGGCCACCAUCACCCCCCUGCCGGGAGCCUGGUCCAGCUACCUUUCCUCACCGCCAGCCACGUCCUGUCCCCCUUCAUGCUGGGGACACAGAGCUACGCUGCACCCGCCUUCUACAGCACACACCUGUAG